AUGGGAUGUAUCUACGCUAAAAGGAGAAAAGAAGCUUUAAGAAAGGGCUUGGAUAUCACUUCAAACUCACAUAGAAAGAAAACCUAUCUUAAAAACGUUAACCAAUGUGACGGCUCUCCUCAACAGUCCCGAGGACUAACGGAACCUGCCCCUGAAUUUACCGACCGACAGAGGGAGCUAGUGGUCCAGACAUGGGGAAUCAUACAGGAAGAUAUGGCACGUGUCGGUGUUGUCAUGUUUAUGAAAUUGUUUGAGACACAUCCAGAUGUACAAGACGUCUUCAUGCCUUUCAAGGGACAAUCAAAAGAGGAUUUGAAACACAGUUCACAGCUCAAGGCGCAUGCGCUGAGAGUAAUGAACACGGUGGAGAAAUGCCUCGGGCGGAUGAAUGAGCCUGCAAAGCUACAAGAAAUGCUCCAUGACCUUGGCACGCGCCACGUCAUGUACAGUGCCAAGGUCGAUUACAUUGACCUGAUUGGUCCCCAGUUCAUCUGGGCUAUCCAGAGUUCCGUCGGAGACCAAUGGACGCCGGAAGUAGAACAGGCUUGGUCGGACCUCUUCAAGCUCAUAUCACAUUACAUGAAGGCAGCCAUGGUAUUUUGA